AUGAUUUUGGACUUCCAACGAUGGUCUAUGCCACCGGUGCUCCAGCUGCUUUGCAUGCUUUUAACCUUCAACGUGAAGGUGGAUCACUCGCCGGACGUGCAGUUUGUGGAAGUCUUUGCUGGGGUUGCUGAGAUCAGCCGGGCUUGCCGAGCUGAGGGCAUGGUGGGAUCUAGCCAUGACAUCUCAUACUCCUCGCACUUUGAUUUGUGCAAUCGUACUGGGUUUCUGCUGGCCAUCAACGAGCUCCUUCGUGCAGUACCUGGCUCGCUGUGCAUCUUCGCAUUGUGUUGCAACAGCUAUUGCCGUAUGAGUCGGUCCACUAGUGGUCGUGGCAUUUUAUUUCCGCUUGGGGAUACGUCCAAAAGAUUUGUGAGGGAGGGAAAUUUACUGGCGAGCCGGCUGGUUUUGAUGCUAUGGAUUUGCGCUUCCCGCAAUCUGAUCUGGCUGGUGGAGCAGCCUGAGGGGAGUGCGUUCCCAUUGCAUCCACGGUGGCAGGAAUUUUUGGAGUACUGCCCAGCUUUCACCACCUCAUUUUGGAUGGGUGCUUUCAGUGGUCCUACGGCAAAGCGCCACCGAUUGUGGUCAAACUGCCCCAAGUUUCUCGAGGGAAUCUGGGAGGCUGGGGGUAGCAUGUCGCGAGAUGCACUUCGUGCUUUGCCCGGAGGGCCACUGGUACGGAAAUAUAAGGACAAGAACGGAGUUGCUCGAUGUUCUGGGUUGAAGGACAAAUUGAAAGCUUCCCAGUUACUCGGUGCCUAUUUAGCACUGGGUUUGUUGGUUCAGAAAUAA